GGUGUGGGGAGGGCUGAGGCAGUGGAAGCUGCUGGGCAUGUUCGAGAUUGACCAGCAGCAUGAGUUCUACAGCCUCACCUGCAUGAUGAAGGAGGGACUAUCGGCGGCCGUGCAGAACACCAUUGACAACCCAAUACCUGACGAACUCUCUGAGGAUGAUUACAAACUUGAGGUGACACAAAUCCAUAAGGACUUCAGGAUGGAGACGUUUGCAGGGCCGGUGUUCGCCAGCCUGCGCCGCUCCCUGGGGAUGACCGAGAAAGAGUAUCAGCACUCUCUCUCCUCAGAAGGCUGCUACCUGCAGUUCAUCAGCAAUUCAAAGAGCAAAGCAGACUUCUUCCUAACGAAUGAUAAGCGGUUCUUCUUGAAGACACAGAACAGAAGGGAGGUUCGGUUCCUCUUGUCUAAUCUGAGGAUUUAUAUGGAACAUCUGGAGAAGUUCCCCCACUCGCUUCUGGUUAAGUUUUUAGGUGUUCACAGAAUCAAGAUCCCCCAUCGGAGGAAGAAGUAUUUUAUAGUGAUGCAGAGCGUCUUCUACCCUGACGAGAGAAUUGUUGCCAGGUAUGACAUUAAGGGCUGUGAGGUGAGCCGGUGGACUGACCCAGCACCUGAGGGCAGUCAGGUCAUUGUUGUUCUCAAGGAUCUCAAUUAUGAGGGACAGUUUAUCACAUUAGGUAAGGAUCGGCCGUGGCUGUUGCGUCAGGUGGAGAUCGACACAGCCUUCCUGCGGGCACUGAACGUGCUGGACUACAGCCUCCUGCUGGCCCAUCAGCCCCUGCACCAAGACGAGCGCAACCACAGCCUCUCCUUCGCCACUCUCAUCAUGCGCACCAAAAAGUGAGGGGCCGGGGCAGAAUCGGCCGAACUGCGAGAGUUCCAGGCCCAGAACCGCCGGCUGCUGCCAAACUUCAAAAACCCUCUGCACGUCAUUGACGGGCCAGAGCAGCGCUACUUCAUAGGCAUCAUCGACAUCUUCACUGUCUAUGGCUUCAAGAAGAAGCUGGAACACCUGUGGAAGAGACUGAGGCAUCCAGGGCAAUCCUUCUCCACUGUCAGCCCUCCAGUCUACUGCCAAAGGCUAUGUCAGUGGGUGAAUGACCAUAGCAAAUAGUCUGUGCUGAGGGACAGCAGUAAUGACUGGAAAUAUGAAAUGUGCUCAGAAGCAUGCUACACAUCCAUACAGUCACUGGUACAGGAACAGGAAAAAACCUGAGACUAUGAAACUACAUAUUUCAGCAAUUUAAGACACCCAGAUAUAAGUUUACAGUUAGUUUCACAGCUGCUGAAAAAGAGUGCUUGUUUUUAGGUGGCAUUCAGCACUUACAGUCUUAAAGAGGAACAGUUCUGCAUAGUUCACUCAUUAAGAUAUAAACACAGUCA